AUGGCUCCCAGUCGUCUCGAGUCUCCCCCUGCGGACACCACCACACCUCCAGCCCAGAAGCUCAAGGUGUCACAAGGACCCUCGGAGGAUCUCUAUGGACACUAUUACCCGACCGACCCAAACACCUUGAGUCUCGAGUCAAACUUUGGGCCUAUGGAACCCGAUACCAUUGGAUAUCUCCAACCUACCACUCUCAACACUCCCUUGAAGGUUAUGCACGAGCGAUUUGAGAGAGACGGCUAUCUUUUUAUCAAAGGAUGCAUCAGCAAAGAAGCCUCCCUCGCCUGUCGCCGCGAUUACUUUACACACAUGGCCCCCAGCGGCCUCCUCAAGAACGGGACCGAACCAGUCGAGGGCAUCUUCUCAGGCGCUGACACACGCAAAUACCUCCCACCCGGCAACCUUCGUCGCCUCUUUGGUCUCAAGGAUGACCCAGAGAGCGACAAAUAUGUCGAACUCAUGAUCUCUGCCCACGAGGCUGAUUUCUACGUCGAGUUUUGCAAGAAUCAGGAGCUGCGCGACUUUGUCAGCCGCUUCACGGGAUGGAAGAAUCCUCAGAUGCUUCAGCGCACAAUGCUACGUGCCUUUGUGCCUGAAAGCGAGCUUACACCUGUCCACUUUGACCAGAUGUACCUCCGCGCCGGUCCCCCUACCAGCCUAACGGCCUGGAUCCCAAUCGGCAAUGUCUCCCUCGAGGGAGGCGGCCUCAUGUACCUCGAGGGCUCGACAGACAUUGGCAAGAAGACCGAGGACGACUUUGCCAAGAAUGCCCACAACUUGAGUGAUGAGGAACGUAUCAGCGCCUUCAACAAGAACAUGAACGACGGCGGUUUCCUGAGCCGAGACACGGUGGCCUACGGCAAGGAAGCCCGUAGAAAGUGGCUCAUCGCUGAGUAUGAGGCCGGCGAUGUCAUCUUCCACAAUCCCUACAUGGUGCAUGCGAGUUGCAAGAACAGGGACCCCGAGAACAAGAUCCGUCUCGCCACCGAUGUGAGAUUUGUCGACCCCGAGAAGCCCUAUGACAAGCGCUGGAUGAAGGUCUACAGACCUCUGGACGGACUGUAA